ACUUAAAAAGUAUUAACCGUUGUAUCGAUUUCCGACUUCGUUUUUCCAGCCGCCGUCAUGUGACUAUCGAUUUCUCACAAAGUUGCGUGCACGGAGAGUGCAGCAUAUCUUGUAGAGUAGACCGAUAGUAUUCGUCUUCAAGACUCUUUCUAUACUAAUAAUGAAACUACAAGUAGUUCUUGCGUUGGCCCUUUUCGAGACGGCCAUAGCUGACGAAUCUCCGUCAUCACUGUUGGAGCAGGUUGGGAAGCGAAUUUCCUUGCCAUUUCCUAAUGAACACCGCAUCCUAGGUAUAGGGGGACUCGGUUACGACUCUGUGUUCAAUAGUUGGUUGGCUUCCUCUGAAAAUAUUGCUUCGGCAACAAGCCAUCCUGGUAAUGAAGAGGAUCUCGCGCUUCCUCGUAUAUUUCAUAUGGAUCUUGACUUUCAGAAGGGAAGAAUUGAUUUUAUUUUGGAAGAGUCCAUUGUGGUUCAGCCAAAAGAAUUUCUGAAGCUCGAAGACUUGGCUAUUCUUCCUGAUAACUUCAGUAGAAAUACCACCGAUCGGCUCCAUCAGAGCAUCUGGUUAGCUUCCGAAUCACAUUCUCACCAAGCACAAACAUCAAAAUUCUUUUCUAAGGACUUUGGGCCAACUGAUUUAACCUCAUUUGAUCGAGAGACGUUUUCAUCUUCCCGCCUAGUGAGAAUCAAUGGUGCAACGGGGGAAAUACUUGAAGAAGCAUCUUUGCCUGAGUAUGUUUACUGGGAUAUGGUGUUUGACUGGGAAAGUACAGAAUGCAUCGGAGAACGCCCUUUCGCAGGCUUGCAUGCUCUUUCGAUUGUCGAACCUUCUAGAGAGAACAAAUUCUACGGCCUCUAUGACAAGCUCAUGUUUGCAGCGUAUCAGGCUGCYUUAUACCAAGACGGGUCUAGUCCAACUGAUUUUAGUGAGAGCUCAACGAGGAUUUUAUUGUUCGGAUUGAACGACUUGAAAGGCGAAGACGAGAAGGAUAAUAACACGGCAUCGUAUUUGACAUCUUUUCGCUAUGAUACAUCCAAGCUUAGCUUAAAUAGUAACCAGAAGGAUUCAAGGUACGUUUUCAAACACAUGGAAUUCCUUGAUAUCAGGAUCUGUCUCACAAUAUUGAUGAACCGCCAAAAGUCACUUCAAUGCACUUUUUGCUAUUCUCGCAUUAGAUGACAGGUCUUUACUCGUUGCGGAAUGCGAGGACCUCACUGGAGUGGGAAAGGCAGGUCAAAAAAUUGUCAACCGCAUCUAUUACGUUGAGAUCGAUUUUGAUGAAUCUGUUGAUCAUUGCCAUUCCCUCUUGUACUGUGAUGUUGACGCACCAAGCAAGCGUUUGGUUUGGGAGCAAGAAGGCGAUUCACAACUGGAUGGGAUGUCUUGGGGACCUAUUCUCGACAAUGGUCGUCGUACAGUGGCAUUGUCAUUCGAGAAUGAUGAUAAGGUUGGGGUUCAUUUUGAACUCUAUGCUAUCGACGAGGAAACUUUGACGAACGGAAAUCAGAUUGGAAUCGUUUACGAUCCCGUAGAUUAUCGCGACAUUUUGAUGAGGAAUCGUAUCAUCGCAGUCUCAGUUGCCUCAGGUUUAUUGGUACUCAUUUUCAUCCUUCAAUUCGUUGGGAUCAGGUAUUUACAGAAUAGAAAGAAGAGCAAGAACGAUUUKGAAGUUAUCGACGCCGACAAUAAAGAAAAGACUACUCGCACAUUGAGUUUAACGUUCGCAAAUUAYGCACUUGCUACAGCCAUGAUGAAUUCGUUCGUCGUUGGUGGAUUGACAUUCGGAUACUCGGGAAUGGUUUUGAUGUUGAGGAAAGAAGGUGUUUAUGCCGAAUUCUGUAGCUGUGGUUCCUUUUGUGCCAUGCAAAAAGAGCAGCUGGCUUUGAUCUCAACCUUGGGAUUCAGCACUGCAGUUGGUUCCCGACUCUUUGUUGGAUUAUUCAUGGACGUCCAAGGGCCAAAGCUUACCGCACUAAUCUGUAGCACCAUUUGUUUGGCUGGAUUUUCCAUCCUCGCUGCUUCCCAAUCCGAAAGUCUGAGUUCAACUUUUCUUCCUGCUUGGAUACUAUUGUCUUUGGGUGGCUCUGGACUUCAUAUUACUGGCUUUCAUUUUACAUCCUUAUUCCCAGGUGACGGCAAAAAGAAGGCAUCAGCAAUGAUUUCGGCCGCAUUUGGUGCUUCAUCUGCAGUGUUUCCCAUUAUGCAAAUCUUUAACCAGUUCCUGGGGGUCACGAUGGUAUCGAUGAUGAGAUUCUACACAUUUUUGGUGUCUUUGAUAGUUAUCAACAACUUUCUUGUCCAGCCUUGGUCGAAAGUAAAGAAGGGCGAAGACUUCAAGCCUAGCUUCAACUUCGUAAAGAAAACUUGGUGGAAAAGAGACUUCGGACAAAGACCGACUCUAUCUAGUAUCAAGAGAGAUGUCGUGAAAUUCAACUUCUUUGGAGAAGCGAUGAUUUUCUCAAUUUUGCUCUUUUUCCUCACUCACUACUUAUCGACAAGUUCCCAACUCAUGUACGAAAAGGGUGAUAUUCCUUUUACCAGCAGGCCCAAUGACUGGAGCGACUUCAUGAUUGCUAGGAUGGCUGGAAUAUUCAACGCUAUUGGCUUUAUUUGGUUGCCUACAGUCAAGUAUGCGUUGACAUCACUGCAGUGGUAUCAGUCCUAUUCAAUCCUUUGCAUCUUGAAUUUGAUCGUGAUGGCAAUAGUUCUAUWGAGAAGCUUGGAAAUUCAGAUUCUUGGAUUUGCAAUGCUUUCUUUUGGUAGGCUCAUGCUUUUCAGUUGCCAUCACGCGUACUUAAUUGAUGUUUUUGGAAUCACAAGCUUCGGCACACUGAAUGGAAUAUCAUCAUUCAUUGCAGCAUCGGUUGGAUUGUGUAGCUAUCCACUACAGCUCUUCGCACUCCAGUCAAGCUACGCUAUUGCAUUCCUCCCUAUUGGAGUCCUUCUACUGUUGUCACUAUUUGUACCAUUCCUCAUGUGGAAAGAACACAAGAAGUCUAAAGAGCUUUCAAGAGGCACGUCGGGCGAUUUCGAAACGGAAGAAAUAGAUCRAUGCGACAAGAACACGGUAAUGAAUUGGGCAGAGACUGUUUCUGUCGAUCCCAACACCUUCCGUUAUCCAGAGACAGUUGACGAGGUCAUUGCUCUCGUUACAUCCCAUAAAAAAAUCCGUUGCGCUGGUGCUCUUCAUAGUUGUGCUCCUCUGAUCAAGUCUGAAGGUAUCAUUAUGUCGCUCACGAAACUCGAGAAAAUCAUUCACAUUGAUCCACAGAAUAUGACUGUCCGCUGCCAAGCCGGAGCAAGGAUUCAUGACAUUUGUACGGCGAUUGCUCCCUACAAUAUGGCAAUGGGCACCAURGGUACUAUCGACUGGCAGACGAUAUCAGGAGCAGUCAUGACUGGUACACACGGUGGCGCAUUGAGCAUUCCAUCCAUGCACGCAUUCAUCAAUUCUUACACACUGGUAAAGCCCGACGGUUCUAUGGUCACGAUUACGAAGGAAAAAGACCCGACUCUUUUCAGUGCCAUGGCGCCGAGCAUGGGUGUCUUUGGAUGCGUUGUAGAAUUGGAAGUGCAGUGCGUGCCCCUCGAGAUCCUGGAGGCGAAGCUGAAAAUGGUCGAGUUUGCUGACCUGGAAGAUACCUUUGAAGACUACAUGCGUCAGMACAAGUACKKUCGAGUCGUAGUUUACCCAAGCAUCGGGAAGGCCACUGUUUUCACGGGAAAUCCUGUUGCAUCCAGAGCAGAUGCAAUCAAGAGAGGUGCAAUCGACUCACCGGGCUAUGCCAACUUCCGAAACAAAAAAGAGAAGCAGAUGCUCGAGCAGUAUCUAGAGCUCUGCAACGYGGGCGACUACGACAAGGCCGACGAGGUAUUGGAGGGGGUUUUGGACUCCCAGCUAGGGCGCAUGCAUCACUACGUCGGGCAAUACAACCACGUGCUGUGCAAGGAACGAAACAACGGCAUUCCGCACGCCGACAUCGAGUUCAACUUUGACAUGGAGAAGAACAAAGAAGUGCUCAGGACCGUCAAGGAGUACUCCGACAAGAAGCGCAUGCCGUAUUACAACUUCGAGAUCAGAACAACGAAGCGGGACGAUGCCAUGUUGAGUUGUUGCCAGGGCAGAGACGCAAUGUGGAUCGAUUUCCAAGCAAAGGCCGACGUGUCGAGGGAAUUCUUYGGCGAGAUGGAGGAGAUUUUGAAGCCGAUUGGCUUCAGGAAGCACUGGGCCAAGGGCAUGGACAACACGGAUCCAGAGUAUGUGCUCCGUCAGUUUUCGCAAGUGAGAAAAUUCUUGAGUUUGAUGACCGAGAUCGAUCCAGAAGGGAAGUUCCGAAAUACCCAGAGCGAAGGUUGGUUUCRGAUGAUGGAUAGUGCCAUUGCCAAUGAAAACCGCGAAGAAGUUGUCGAGUGUUGAAAACAUUCAAAAAUUGUAACAUGAAAGCCCUUGGCUCUAGUCGCAAGAAUGGCUCAGACUCUCGUGUAUCGGGAUACGGUUCCUUCCUAGGUUCGAGUGCUCGAAAAUGUCUGUUUGAUGUAGUAAUGAAUACAAUUACUUAGUUGGUGUUUAAUUUUGUCAAAGUCRUUAUUUGAACUACGCGCAAGAAUUGGUACAGUUUUGGUUUUGUCGAAAAAAUUGAUUGUGCUUCAAACAAAAGGUUUCUUCUUCAGGGGAAGACGGCCACCCGGGUCACAACGAAACGAAGCGGCGAUGCAACGGUGUGGGCAAUGCGGUUCGACGAUCCACCGGUUGGCGAUUCGGACGGAACCCUUGGGUCGUGCGUCGUUUGCCUCGUCGCCUGGCGUCCCUGCCCCCGGCCUCGCCAUCCUUGGCGGGCACCGGUAGCUCCCCCUCGGCCACGAAAGCGCCAAACACCGUGCCGCCCCAGACCAACCAUCCGGCUCGCCACGAAUGCAAUGCAAUGUCGUGUCGC